CCCUAUCUACCCAUAACCUCUAAAUUCAUCUUCUUCUAGACCUUUUUCCUUCACAUAUAGAUAUAUUUAUAUAUCCUCUGCCAAUAUUAAUGUGCCCCAAAUAAACCAAACUCACCCACCGUUAGCAUUACAUUUUGACCCUAAUUCUCCUAUACUAGUGAACCCACUUGACCCUAUAUUGUCACAAUCUAUCCCUAUACAACACAUGUGAAAAAUAUCCAUCUCCAAAAGAUCUUCCUCCUCAGCAUUCUAAACCCACCACCAUGGCCACGACUUCUUCUAACUCCAAAAGGCACCCAAUGUAUCAUGGAAUCCGGUGCCGCGGUGGUAAAUGGGUGUCUGAAAUCCGGGAGCCACGCAAAACCACUCGUAUAUGGCUUGGCACAUUCCCAAAGCCGGAGAUGGCGGCAGCAGCCUAUGAUGUUGCAGCCCUGGCCCUAAAAGGUAAUGUUGCAGUUCUUAACUUCCCAAGUUCUGUUGGGAUCUAUCCAGUGCCUGCUACGGCAUCAUCCACUGAUAUUCGCAAUGCAGCUGCUGCUGCUGCUGCAUUAAAAAAGGCUGAACUGAGCUACAAUGAAGCGUUAGUUGAUCAACCUAGAAAUGACCAUAAUGCCAUUGGUGCGUAUUUGGCAUCAAGCGGAGAAGAAUUUGUUGAUGAGGAGGCACUGUUUGAUAUGCCAAAUUUGCUGGUGGACAUGGCAGGAGGAAUGCUGCUUUCGCCACCAAGAAUAACCUCGCCACCGUCUGAUGAUUCACAGGGAAAUUCUGAUGGAGAAAGUCUGUGGAGCUAUUUUUAAUAUUGAUCUUUACAACUUCAUGAAUGGAUUAACAGCAUAAAGAAAGAAACAAGAGGAUACGGAAGUCAUUACUGUGACCUUUUUUUUCUUUUUUGGACGAUUUUUCCUGUCCUGAAGUAAGAACUGAGCAAUAAGAAAAUGAUGGAGGUUAGGAUGUGAAACGAAAACAGGAUAAAAAUAAAUAAAUCAAAGAGCACUGAACCAGUGAUCACGUACGUAGUGAGUUUUUGAGUUUGAGACGGAGAACAGCAAGUUAGGGUUGCAUUUCUUUCCAUGUGAGUGCAUUGUACAAUAGUCUAGCUAGCUUGUAAUUAAUAUAUUUUUUGGCUUUGCUUUUUAAGAUUGUA